GAUUAGAAGAAAUGACUGAAUCCACUGACGCUAACGCUUCUGUUUACACAUUUACCGCUAUUAAAAAGAGCUUAAGAAGGCCUUCUGUGGAAUUUGGUGGAACGAGCUUUUUGGGAAUAUUCGACUUCUCCGACUGACUAUGGCCGAAAGCUUUCUUUUGGUGGAAGCUUUUUUAUGCGGCGGAGCGCCGUGGGGCUUCACGCUGCAAGGUGGUCUUGAACACGGUGAACCCUUAAUCAUCUCGAAGGUAGAGGAUGGUGGGAAAGCUGACUCUCUGCAGUGCCCCCUGCUGGCAGGGGAUGAGGUGAUUAUCAUUAACGGCAUUGAGCUGAGUGGGUUCAGACAAGAAGCCAUUUCUCUGGUCAAAGGAUCUUACAAAACACUCCAGCUCACCAUACGCAGAAAUUGUUGUACAGGUCUGCGCUUUAGUGAAUCCGUCACGUCGUCUUGUCAGCGAGCCCACGACGACCAAUGCAGCGGAGGUGUUCAGAUACGCAUCAGAAACAGGCACAGUGAGCCUGGGUCCCGUCCCCAUUCCUGGCAUUCUACAAAACUUGGCGAGGACUCUUUGGGCUCCAACAGCAUGAUGCAAAUAUCGCAGGGUGCCGUUGGAGCUCGCUGGCACCAGAACUACCAUGCCAGUGCUUCCACUACAGACCUGUCGGGCUACGACGGAGGCUUCCUGAGAACAAGUCCGGACCAGUACAGUUCACGGGGCAGCAUGGAGAGCAUCGAUCAUCCGCAUCCGGGUUACAGUUCCUGCAACCAGCUUUCAGUCUCCAAAUCUUCUAACAGCAUCGACCACUUGCACAGCAAGCGUGAUUCCGCGUACAGUUCUUUCUCCACCAGCUCGAGUAUCCCAGAAUACCUCACAGCUGCACCAUCAUUUAGCAAGGAGCGCUCAUACUCUAUGGACAGUGUUCCUCAACACAGAACGGCGGAGGGCAUGCAUCAGGCAGAUAUCCGCUACGUUCAGACCGUCUACGACUCCCAACAGGGUGUAUCCAAAGAGCAGGAAGUGCCUUCUGCAGUGCCGCUAAUGAGCGGUGAGAACAAAGCACCGUUUAAAAGUGGGAGCAUACCCGGCAGGGUCGGUCACCACUCCAUUAACAGUAAUAGCACCGGUACCGGUUCUGGCCCAGUCACAAUUCACCGGCACAGUGUGGGACCAGUGUGGGGACAACCACAUAACCACAACUCGUAUGAAAAUCUUAAAGGAGCACCAUCACCUCCUGUCCGGAGCGACAGCUUUGCCGCAAUCCGGAACCACGAACGACCCAAUUCAUGGUCAAGCCUUGAACAGGCUCGGUCUUUCCGGGCCCUGCACAAGGGUUCCUGGCAUAACUCUAGUGGCUCGGUGGCAUCAGGAAAGUCAUCUUUUGCAAUCGAGGGUCAGCUUCACACCGUUAUUGAGAAAAGUCCUGAGAGUAGCCCGACAAUUAAACCGAAACAAAGCCUACCAGCAUCGUCACAGCCUGGAAGUGUCAUGCUGCCCACUGGCAUCUACGCCGUUCCACUCCCGGAAGCUCAUUUUGCACAGAUGCCUACGACUAACCCCUCCAGUAGUGUGUAUCCGGCACUUGCCAAGGAGAGCGAAAGCAUUCCCCAAAGGGAUCACUGUGUGGGAUUAGAUUCUGGCGUAAGACAGACGGUGGAAAAUGGAUACCAAAGUACCGCAGCCUACUCAGCCCAGCCUCAUAUAGCUUCACCGGUGCAAGAUGACCACCAAGCCAAAUCAUAUUUAUACAGAUCUCAUUUUCAGACAGAUGGGUGCAAUCAUCCAGGUCAAUCCAUAGGGCAGGAGAGGAAGGACCCAUACACCCCUGUUCAUCCUAGGCGAGAGAAGCCCAAAUACACACAUAUCACGGAUCAAAUGGAAACUUCUAGACAACCGAGGGAGAAAGAAUCCACCAGGUAUAAUGACCAGAUUGCACAAUAUCAAGGAAGCACCCAAAGUAUCAACCCAUCAUCAAGAUGCCACAGUGACUCCAGCACCUAUCAACUGAAGGACCAAGAUCUGGAUCAUCCCCUGACCCGACUUGAAAAUGCACUAGCAAAGGUUCAGAGAUGCACUGACCCACCGAGCACUGCAAGCCACCAGAGAGAACAUACCAUGUCAGUAAUGGAGAAAGUCAGUCACUUUGAGAGGAAUCAGUCCAAACCGAGUAGUUACGGUUACAGUUCUAGUCAAACUACUCGCACUACAGGCAAAACAUCAUCCCACGGGAGGAGUUGGAGUCACAGCUAUGAUGAACACACAGAAGCGCCACAGGACGUGCAUCUAAGCUACCAACCUCAGCACAGGAAAUCGAACGACCUGCACAGAAGCAAGAGCUUUUUUCAGCUAAGUGAGGAAAAUGGUAGAGACAUUCACCGAAGCAAGAGCACUAUACAACUUGGUGAGGAAAACAGCAAUGACGUCCAAGUAAAAGAAGACCUUAAGGACAUCUUUGGCAUAAGAGAUACCACGUUUAACCAAGCAUACAGAAAUAGCAUCAAAGAUGCCCAGUCCAAAGUUCUAAGAUCCACUUCAUUUCGAAGGCGCGACUUGAGCAGUAACCCUCCCGCUGUGCCUGAGAAACACAUGAUUCUUGAAAGGAAGGGACCCAAGACAGGCCCUAAACCCACGUCUCCACACACUCCUAAAGAGCGACACGUUGUCCCGGUUGAAGUUUCAGCUGGGAGCAUUUCCCCAGAGCUUCCUAAAGCUCCUUCAGUUGUGCGGAUAUGUGGGCGUAAGCGAUUUACCAUGGAACAAAAGAAACGAUCGUACUCCGAACCUGAGAACAUGCAUGAAGUUGGAGUCUCUGAUCAAGAGUCCGGGUUAUUUCAGGGUAAGGCGUCACAGCAGUUUCCUGAGACGAGUGUUGCAGAUCGGCGCAGAAUGUUUGAGCUGGUCGCUAGUCGGAAUGCAGGUCCUAAACUUUCCACCUCGCGGCCUGAAUUAAAGCAGAUGCAGCAGGACGCUCUGGCCGAUUAUGUCGAGCGCAAGACGGGCCGACGGAUGGACGGACGCCAACAUCGUCCCCGCAGUGCCUACAUGCACGCAACUACCUCUUCUAAGGACUCUCAGAGCCUUACCUCCACCCUCAGCCUGUGCUCCCUUCAAGAGCCUGUCCGAGAAGACGUCUCUGGAGUUAACCUUACAUCCUCCGUUCUUACAGCCAACUCACAGCGACCCUGGCACCCCAGCAGGGGCACCCACACUCGGACACAAUCCGAAAAAUACCACUCUUCCUACAGACAACAGGAUCAAACUGCGAAACCACAGAAACCCAAAAGAAUGUCCGAAAGACACGUCCCAGAGCGUGUUCCAGAUUCAGCCUCGGAUCAGUCUUCAGCUUCGAGCAGCUCCGUCUUUGGUCAGCGCAUGGAUGGAGAUUUUAAAAGAGCUGGUCCAGCCAGGAACUCGGGGAAGUCGGCUUCUGCAGAGGAUCUUUUAGAUCACACCGAAGAGCGUCCUGUUUCUCAGCACUUCAGAUCCAGGUCCUCUCCAGUUGUGGAUAAUAAAAAUCAGGACUUCCUAGCUGGAGACCUCAAAUCAUCUAGGACUGUCUUUACAGAAAACAGAGCAUUAGGGAGUGUAGCAGCUGCACAAAGAUCAUCAGGUCAAGUCUGUGUGGAGCAAAACCUCAGCCCAAAUCAGUCCAACCCACCUGUGAUACGGAGGGACAGGCAGCGCCACUCGGACCGUCCUCGAGCCCACAGCGCCUCGGGACUGGCAGCUUCUGUCGGAUUGCCGUGCCCUUUGUCCCCUCAGCAGUGGCCUGGUGCCAGCGAAACUCAAUGCCAACCCAACUUAGAUACCAUCACGUUCCCAGGCACCGUCCAGGCAUCUGAAUCAGAUCAGCAACAUUCAGACAAUGCUAACGGUCCCAAAGAUGCUGUGCAAGACUUUAAUCCCUCACCUUUACCUAUAGAGGUCACAGGGUCGCACGCCACCAGAAGUACCUCCUCUCCAACUAAAGCUCUUCCUUCUCUACGGGUCUCGGAAUCCAGCGUCCACUUUCCCCUGUCCCCAGGUGCUUCACUGGAGGAUGAUGAGGUGUUUCUAGUUCUGCCAUCUUCACCAUCAAUCCCAUCAAUCACAGAAGCAAACUUCACGAAGGAUCCCCCUGUUCCUGAUUCACCAGUCCAACUUCAAGCAAAGGAAGAGUCACAAAGGCUGAACAGGGUUUAUGAGGCAUCUGCGAAAACUACACACAAAGCCGAACAGUUGAUCCACCUAUCCCUACCUGAGAACUCCGACCCUGAUUCAACCCAUGACACAGAGGGUGUGUUCUCUGGAGUUGAGUGGGAGGAAGCUUCAAAAAGCCUGGACCUCGGGUCAUCGCUGCUAGCAAGAAGAGAGCGCACAGAGGCAGAAAUACGGGUGGAGCUUCUGGCACAGGAUCUGGUGAGCCGAGAUGAAGCUCUAGUGCCUCUUCUGGAGGUCUGGAGCAGCACGGGCACACUAGACCUGAUGGAGGACAUCUUCCCCUCCCAUGCUUCACCUCCGUGGGACCAAAGGAAAAGCACCAGCCAUAUAAGUAACAGUGAUCAUGUGGUGGAAGGUGCUGUAAAACCUGUUCAUGGAAGGAUUGAGACUGAUCUGGAUAAGGAAGAGCGUGAUAUAAACCAGAAGAAGGCGGAGCUGGUGCAGGUUUUGGCUACAUGUGUGGAGGCGCUGCGGUUGGAGAAGGCGAGUCUGGCAGAGGAGCAACAGCGGUACAGCGCUUUCGGCUGCAGGAUGGACGAGUUGGUGGAGCAGCACUGUAAACCCAACGAGAACGAGAAGUACCGCAUGUUCAUCGGUGACAUGGAAAAGAUUGUCAACUUGCUGUUGUCUCUAAGCGGGCGGCUCGCCCGGGUGGAGAACGCCCUUCACACCCUAGGGGAGAAGCCGGAAGGGGGCAGUGCAGAGGAGAGGGCAUCCUUACAACAAAAACGCCGGCAGCUGCGCAGUCAGCAAGAGGAUGCGCGAGAGCUAAAGGAGAAUCUGGACCGGCGUGAGCAGAUCGUCCUGCACUUCUUAGGUAGCUAUCUAAGCCCCGCGCAGUUGCAGAACUACCACCGGUACAUUCGCGCCAAACCGACCCUGCUCAUCCGCCAGCGCCACCUCGACGAGCUCAUCCGCCAUGGGGAGGAGCAACAGCACAGACUUUCUGAGAACCUUUACAUGCCUUCAGCCUCUAGCCUUCCUCCUUCCACUAACAGCAGUGGAUCCAACUCACCAAGACCUACCACCGUGACCUCACUCUGACUCCGCCUGUUAGCACAAAAUCCUGCUGCGUAGAAGAACUUAGCGAUAAGAGGUAGAGGGGUAAGAGAAUCUAAUGAUGUUAAAGGCAAAGGAAACAAUAAUAAAAUGGAAUAAAAACUCUACACACAACAGGAAGUGCCUUAACAGAAGGAUUUCGUAUCAAUAUGAAGGAAAAUGUUGCUUUAGUAAACUGAAUCUGUCGUUCAAUCUGUAAGCACCACAUGUUCUGUCCUGUAUUCACAGGAACACACAGUGUGUUCUGGUUGGAUCAGAUUACCUAAGCCUAGUUUAUGCUUGGUCAGAAGUACUACAGAGAGCCACCUGAAUUCCUAAAGCAUUAAAGUUUAUCAGAACUGUAGAUGUCUAAACAAACAAGGUAGGAAACAUGUAUGUUGUGUCGACUGUUGAAAACAAACACCGGUAUUCUUGAACAUAUGAGUCCAGGUUAGAGAUAGAAUUACACCAUCAGAGUGUUUAAACUCAAAAACUUCAGUCAGCUAAAUGUAAGUGAAUAAGUGAGUUACAAGCCAGGUUUAAGAGCUACCUUGCAUCAAAACAGUCCCUAAAUACAGACUUUACUAGAAACCACUCCAAAGGAAAUGACAAUACAGUGGUACCUUAAAACUCACUGAA